CAUACCUAUGGCUGUCAUGUGUGCUGGUGGUCAGCUGACAAAUCCCGCUUACUUGUGAUGCUCGUUGUGUCGAUUUAGCUGCUUUUGCUCGCAACCGUCGAAUGAAUGCGGCGCUAUGCUUGGCCCAGGAGAGCCAUGGUAGUCAUCAACUCGGUGCUGAAGCUUCUCCAGCGGCAGACAUACACCUGUCUGUCCCACCGCUAUGGACUCUACCUCUGCUUCGGAGGCAUCGUCCUGAUGAUUGUCUCUGCUUUUCAAUUCGGGGAGGUCGUGGUCGAGUGGAGCCGAGACCAGUACCAUGUGCUGUUUGACUCCUACCGAGACAAUUUGGGUGGCAAAUCCUUUCAAAGCAGGCUCUGCCUGCCCAUGCCGAUCGAUGUGGUGUACACGUGGGUGAACGGCACCGACGUGGCUCUGCUGAAAGAGCUGAAGACUGUGCGAGAGCAACUGGCAGAGGAACAGAGAGCUCUUAGAGAACGUUUGGGGAAAAAUGCAAGUGAGACAACAGAAGAGCCUAAAGUCAGGGCCAAAGCGGAAUGCUUGCUCUCCCAUUGCGUGGUCGCACCUAUGCUGGCGCUGGAUCCCGCCCUGCCCCCAAACACAACACUCCAGGAGCUGCCGUCAUUCUCCAACUCUCUGACCGGCGCCAAGGAGCUGCUGCGGCUCCGUAAACCCGUCCACCCGGCCACCGCCGCCACCGUGCUGGUCUUCGGUUCUCAGGCUGAUGCUGAGAAAGCCUACGUUGAAGCCUUUAAGGAAGACAAGAAAUUCGCUGUCUCGAGAUGUUAUCUGACUACAGAUAAGGAGGCUCCGGGUCUCAUCCGCGUGCAGACUCUGGCCUACCUCAGUGGCUUCCCGGGCUCCUUUAAGGAGACUGAGCAGCUGAGAGCCAAACUGCCUUCUUUAGUCACUGACAAGAUCAAGCAGUUUGAGUUGUACUCUGAGGCCAGCAUCGCUUUGCUCCACCUUAAAAGCCCGCAAGACUUCACCGACCUCAUGCAAAAGUCCAAGAAGAACCUGACGCUAGACGGGAAAGAACUAACCAUUAGCCCCGCCUACCUCUUCUGGGACCUGACUGCCAUCUCACAGUCCAAGCAGGAUGAAGACGUUUCGGCCAGCCGCUUCGAGGACAACGAGGAGCUGCGCUACUCUUUGCGCUCCGUGGAGAAACAUGCCCCGUGGGUGCGACACAUCUUCGUAGUCACCAACGGGCAGAUUCCCUCCUGGCUCAAUCUGGAUAACCCUCGAGUUUCGGUCGUCACACAUCAGGAGCUUUUCUUGAACCGCAGCCACCUCCCUACAUUCAGCUCACCGGCCAUCGAGAGCCACAUCCAUCGCAUCCAGGGACUCUCUCAGAAGUUCAUUUACCUAAAUGACGACGUGAUGUUUGGUAAAGACGUCUGGCCGGAUGACUUCUACAGCCAUUCCAAGGGACAGAAGGUGUAUCUCACUUGGCCCGUUCCCAAUUGUGCGGAAGGAUGCCCAGGAUCAUGGAUCAAAGAUGGCUAUUGUGACAAAGCGUGCAACAACUCGGCGUGUGACUGGGAUGGAGGAGACUGCACGGGAGCCGCUGGGAGCAGCAGAUACCCAGGUGGGAUCGGCGCCGGCAGUCCCGGUGGAGGUGGUGGGCAGGUGUGGCAGUUUCCUGGCGGUCAAGGCGGCCUGGCCGGAGCCUCGUAUUGCAACCAAGGUUGCGCCACCUCCUGGUUGGCAGACAAAUUCUGCGACCAAGCCUGCAACGUGCUCGCUUGCGGCUUUGACGUGGGCGACUGUGGCACAGACCACUUUGGAGAGCUGCUGCGCGUCAACCUGCUGAGCAACCAAACUGCCUACAACCUCCCAGUUGGCGAGAUUAGACCUUAUUUCAGCUUUAAAGGGCUGGCUCACAGGGUCUCGGAGGCCAAUGUGGUGGACAACCCGGUGGUACGUCACACCUCUGUGGCCAACAAAUGGAAGACCAUCCACCUUCUGCUCCACGCCGGCCACAACGCCACUGUAGUACAUUACAAUAUCACCUUCCAAAGGGAAGACAGCACGAGUUUUACCAAGAUAUUUAACGUGGCCGUUGACACGCGUCAGCUUCCGCAGGUUAACAGGACGCAAAAACGCAAGGAAAAAAGUCCCAGCCAGAAUUCCGCCGUGACGACAGAACCGCCUUUUUUGUUCUCGGAUGUUCCCGAGGAUAAGAGGGGUCCCAAGAUCCAGAAGAAGCCACCGCGUGAAUUGGAGGCCAUCGUAGAAGUUCCCACGUUCAACGAGUCGCUUUUGCCAGCUCCUCUGCGCAGCGAGCUUGACAAACUGGAUGAGAAACUGUUGAAAGGUGAUAUCACCAUGAAGGGUUACAACCUCACCAAGGCUCAACUGCUAACCGCCAACCGGGAAGAACAGGACAGAGAUCACCUUGAUAGCCCAGCUGUGGUCCAGAGGCCUAAAACCUCUAAGCUGCUGAGCCACAUUACCAAAGUGAAGAGCACUAUAGGCGAAGUGGAGCUUCCCCUCAUCGCCGGAGUCGGAAGGAGGCUUCAACACUUUGUCCUCGCUGACCGAGGUUUCUUUCCAUGGGAGAAGAAGAAGUACUUUCAAGACCUUCUCGAGGAAGAAGAGCGUCUGCAAAGUGAGCUGACCUACGACAUCGAUGGCACCGCCGCCGGCCGCAAGCUACAAGACACGUUUGCAGACUCGCUACGUCACGUCAACAAGCUGCUCAACCGCCAGUUUGGCUUCGCCUCCCGCAAAGUCCCCGCGCACAUGCCACACAUGAUUGACAGGCUGGUUAUGCAGGAGCUGCAGGACACAUUCCCAGAUGACUUUGAUCAGACAUCCAGGCACCGCGUGCGUCAUCCGGAUGACAUGCAGUUUGCCUUCUCUUACUUCUACUUCUUGAUGAGCACUCAGCAGCAGCUAAACGUCUCAGAGGUGUUCGACGAGGUCGACACCGACCACUCCGGUGUUCUGUCGGAUCGCGAGAUACGAACUCUGGCCACGAGGCUCCACGAGCUGCCCCUCAGCCUCCAGGACCUGACAAGUUUGGAACAGAUGUUGAUCAACUGCUCCAAGACUCUCCCGAGGAACUUGAGCCAGCUCCAUCUAGUAAACCCAACACAGGAAGCAUAUUACGACCACAGCAUGCCACCAGUCACUAAAAGUCUCAUCACGCACUGCGCUCCCAUUACGGACCGCAUUCGCAAAGCCUUUGUGGACCAGAACAAGUACAAGUUUGAGAUCAAGGGAGAGGAGGACAUAGCGUUCAAAAUGGUCCGCACCAACGUCUCUCAUGUCGUUGGCCAGUUGGACGACAUCAGAAAGAAUCCCAGGAAGUUCAUCUGUCUGAACGACAACAUCGACCAUGCCCAUAAGGACGCCGCCACAGUGAAAGCCGUUUUGAGGGACUUCUACGACUCCAUGUUCCCGCUACCGUCCCAGUUUGAGCUGCCCAGAGAGUACCGCAACCGCUUCCUGCACAUGGAUGAGCUUCAGGAAUGGCGAGACUAUCGGGACAAGCUGAAGUUCUGGACCCACUGCGUCCUAGUGACGCUGGUGACCUUCACGGUCUUGUCCUUCUUCACCGAACAGCUUAUCCACUUAAAGCGCAAGUUAUUCUCCCGACACAAAACGGCCAAGGACAACAACCCCGAGAGAGUUUAAAUCAGGAAGUCCUCCGCCUCCAAAGCAGCGCCACCUCCGUCCUGCUCAGUGAAGGAUCGGCAAGGAUUUUUUUUUCUUCUGGCGACGGACAAUGAAGCAAAGCCAAUGAAGAAGCCCGUGAAUGUUUUCAUGUUUCUAAACUCAACACUCCUGAGGACCCCUCGAUCAACCCCUUCUUUCUUGUUUUUUUUUUGACCAUUCAGACAAUAAUUUGAUGAGCAAUGCUCUCAAAGCGCCGGUGAUGGGAAAUUUUGGACAUUUUAUACCACGGACUGUUUUAAAGAAAUUGUGUGUGAAGGAGUCAUUAAUUUAAGUCAUUGUUGGUUGUUUGUAACAAUAGGGGGUCUAGAAGUGCCUUAUUUGUUUAUUCCUGUAAUUUACAAGACAAAUGCUUGUGUAAAUUGUCUACCGGUACGUGUGGGGUUAGGAAUCAGGUUUUUUGUUUGCUUGGAAUCUUUUUUUUUUUUUUGUCAGACAAAGCAGCUUUUCCCUUCGCCGUCUGCGCACACGUGUCCCCGUGGGAUUCUGCAGACUCGCUAUGUCUGAAAUUCAGACGCUUUGGCUCUAACUUAUUUUUUGGGGAUUGUGACCGAGCGCCGCGUCAUCCUUUUUCGCCGCCAUUUAACUCUUUUUCCCACCAUUUAGCAUCAGUGCCAUUGACGGCAAUAGCAGCCAGUCGAAUUGGAUUGGACGUCUAUCGUCGUCAAUGGCAGCCAGUGAGAUGAUUUGACAAAACACUGAAGCUUUUGGAACAGUAUGACUUAGUUUCAGUGUUGGAAGUGGUAAGAAGUGUGGUCGAAUUAAAAACGCUCUGGUAAGUGUAUCACUGUCAAUAGCAGCCAAAAUGAGUUAAAAUCGCUUGCUGUGUUUCUUCCAAUGAAAUAAAAAGUGUGGGGCCAACCAUCUGCCUUUUCUCAAGCACCGCAAGAAGAUUGCAUGAAAAAUAUUCUUUAUUACAAACUUUCUCCCUCCCGCCAUGUACACUUGUUAGUAAAAAUUUGUUGUACAGUUGUAUUAGUGAACAAUGAAAAAUCAUGGUUGUACAUUACAAUGCAUAGUUCUUCACAGAAAGUCACAUGUGACUUUUUAAGAGUACAAUCCAGGAAACGGACCUAAAUAUAGUAAAGCGGUACCACAGAAACACAAGAAAUCUUUCAUCCUCAGUGGAAAACAUACAACGUCUGUUUGGUUUGCAGUACUCGCAAUUACGACAAAAUGAAUUAAGGCGACU